ACCGAUUGGAAAACCAUUAUCCACUGGAAAAUAAUCUCCCUCCAAAUAUUUCUGACAUUAUCUGUCGUCUUCUUCCCCAAAUGUUCACCACAUAAACCCUAGCGAUCAAUUUCUCCAGAAAUCAACCAACAAUCGUUCAUGGCGUCUUCUUCUACCUUUCUGGAAUUAACUCCAUUUCAAUGGAAUCAACCUCUUCCAUACAUGAAACGACCCCAUCAUCGUAGUGUUCUUCUCUACGCCAAACCUCAACAGAGAUCAAAUUCGAUUCGUCUCCAAAUCUCCGUAAAAUAUAAACAAUCGACGAAUUCAGAUUCAGAUUUGCGAUCCAAUUCGAAUCCAUUUGAACAAAUCGCGAUUCAGGUCAAGAAAGCGUUAGAUUCGUUGAAGAAACCUGCUAUAGCUGCUGUUUUGCUUGGUUUGCUUCUGUUCUAUGAUCCUAAUUCGGCUUUAGCUGCGUCUGGUGGUAGAAUUGGUGGUAAUUCCUUCUCGUCGAGGUCUCGAAGCUCGUCUUCUUCUUCUCAAUCGUAUUCUGUGCCGAGAACAUCGAGUCCGAGCUUUUCGUACUCUGCUAGGACCGCUCCGUACUAUGGACCGUCACCGUUCGGUGGGGGUUUGAUGGGUCCGGCCGUUGGUUUUGGGUUUGGUGGGUUUUCGAGCUUCUCUUUGAUUCUGGUUGGUUUCGCUGCGUUUGUUUUGGUCUCUGGAUUCCUCUCAGAUCGGUCACAGGACGAUAGCAUUUUAACCGAUACUCAGAAAACUAGCGUCAUUAAGCUACAGGUGGGGUUGCUGGGUUUGGGGAGGACUCUACAGCAAGAUUUUAAUCGUCUUGCUGAAAGUGCAGAUACAUCCACACCGGAGGGUCUGAGCUAUGUGUUAACCGAGGCAACAUUGGCUUUGCUGAGGCACCCGGACUAUUGCAUCUCUUGUUAUUCAUCAGUGGAUGUGAAGCCGAGUAUAGAAAAAGGAGAGAAGCGAUUUAACCAACUCUCCAUUGAAGAACGGGGAAAAUUUGAUGAGGAGACACUUGUUAACGUGAAUAGCAUAAAGAGACAAAGCUCAAAGAUCAAGAAAGCUAGCGGUUUCAGCAAUGAAUAUAUUGUGGUAACCAUCUUGGUGGCUGCAGAGGGUAUACAUAAACUGCCACCAAUAAACGGAACUACAGAUCUGAAGGAAGCCUUACUGAAACUCGGGUCAAUACCAAGAAACAAAAUAAUGGCAGUAGAAGUACUAUGGACACCGCAGAACGAGGCCGACGCAUUGUCAGAAAGGGAACUACUUGAAGAUUACCCACUUUUGAGGCCAUUGUAAAUCAUUGUCAUAAUACCAAAUAGAACCAAUCCCUUGUUAGACGGUACAGUUUCUUACUCUGUAAACACACCAUAACUGUCCUUAUAAGGUUAUACUUAUACCAUAAACCAGAGAAACCGGAAAUGAAGGCAAUUAAGAAUCUAAGGGACAGAGUUCAAAUUUGACACCAUUAAUGAUGACAUUUAAUA